GGGAGUGGGGGUGUGAGUGAGUGGGAAAGGGGCGGGCAUACUGACGCCACUCACCUUGCACAGUGGACAGAGGCUGCCGAGUAGAAACUGGACUUCGCUUAACGACACUGACCUACGUGACAAAGGACGGAAAACUGUAUGUCGCUUGGCUCAGAAAAAGAACAGUGAACAGACAAAAAUUACGUGAGGACGCGUUGAAAGUCAUAGUAAGUUAUAACACCAGUACAAGUGACUAUCUGCCAGACACCAUUUCAAAGCCGAGGCAUGUGCUUUGAGGCACUGUGGGCGUGGCUGCGGCCGGCUUUGGUGCAGGCUGAGGCUAGGCUCCACUAUCGGCUGGAUAAGUUUCGAGCACGGAGGGCCAGGAAACGGUGGCUGCACCAAGAGUUUAAGGUCGCCAGGAGCUGCCACUACCAUGACCGUGACUGCAACAUCUACAGCAACAUCUCCCGCCUCACGUACCUGCCGCAGCACCCGUACAUGCCCACCACGACCGCGUGCAGCAGAAGCGAGGACGAUGACAGUGGCCGCGAGUACUCGGACCUGGAGCAGGGCGUGGGGGUGUUAUCACCCCAGCGGCUCAGUCAACGGCUCAACGAGAACGCCCUGGCCCGGGAGGCGGUGGGGGAGAGCGACGCAGAAUUGGCCCAGUACCUCAAGGACGAGCGCAUCGCCCUCUUCCUGCAGAAUGACGAAUUCAUGGACGAGCUGCGGACCAACAGGGAGUUCAUGACAGCCCUGCAGGAAGAUUACGAGUCUGAGGCAGGAGACGAUGACGAGGCAGAGGGAAGUAAAGGCAAAGGCCAGUUGGCUCAACUUGAUGAUGCAACUCUCAGAGAAAGAAUUGCUACCAUGGGAAAAGCUUCGAGAAAGAAAUUUGCACAGAUUGCCAAGGUUUUCUCACGACGUAAACGGACAAGUGGCCGGACCUUACUGCCCAGUGGGGGCCGGGAUCAACUACUGAUAUCAGCUGAUCCACUAAUAGAUGAUGAAGAUGACGAAAGACAAACCCAACAGGUGGAAGGAGGAAUGUCUGCAUCACCAAGACUGUUGCGAUAGAAGUUUGCUUCCCCAAGUAGCAGAGAACUCCUGAUGCCAGCACAGAACCUUCUCCUUAGAGACACAGUAGGUACACACCUUACUCUAAAAUGCUGUCACCUUCAUUUAGGGAGAACAUUUUCUUAAAGUCACAGAUACAUUACCAUGUAGAUUUUUUAUAUGUUUUUUUUUUUUCUUUAGCCUAGACAGUCAGCUAGUCCUUUGAUUCUUCCUUCAACAGAAGAUCUUUGCAAAUCAAAAGACUGAUUUAUUUCUUUUGGUUUAUGUUUUGUACUUGCUAAUGCAAAAAAAUAGUUUGUCUUAAUACUCCCAAAAAAUUGUACGGUACUUAAUAUGCCAUAUAUGUACAAUAAUUCUAGAUAUUUUUUAGAAUGUUGUUAUUUUCUUGUAAUAUAUUUUUCUAAUUUAUUAUGAAUGUAGUGUAGCUUUUAACUGAAGAUCUAUAUUUAUUUACACAGAUUCUAGUGGUCAUCUUGAAAUAUACUCAGACUUCAAUUUUUUUUUCUAUGUAGGUUCUUCCACUUGAAAAUUUCAGUAAUUUUUUGUUUUAGUUUUAUAAUUAUUAUAAUUAUGUUUAUGUGUUUUCAGUGUAAAAUGCUCAAGUAGCUAAAAAAAAGUCAGAGUAGAAUAUAUUACCAGAAAGAGGUGAUACAGUGAUGGUUUGGAAACACUUAUUAUUAGUAACAAGAAAUUUUCUUGAUGACUCUGAAGUAUAAGUUAUUAUUUGAAGCAGAGCAUUUUUAGUAAGAUAUAUAU